AUGGCGGAGGGCUCCAGUAUUUUACUUUUUGUGAUGUUCCUUUCCAUUUAUUUAGCAUCUCUGAUGGGGAACUUUCUCAUUAUUCUUACUGUGGCCUUUGAUCCUCAGCUCCACAGUUCCAUGUAUUUCUUCCUGGUCAAUUUGUCACUGUCUGAUAUGUGCUACAUCUCCACCACAGUCCCCAAAUCCAUGGCUGCUACACUGAUGAAUAAUAGAUGGAUUUCCUUUGCUGAAUGCGUCGCCCAGGUUCUCCUGGUUGUCACCUUUGCAGGUGCUGAGCUCUCCUUCCUCACUGUAAUGGCUUAUGACCGCUAUGUGGCAAUCUGUUAUCCCUUGCAAUAUUGCCUGAUCAUGAACUGGAACGCCUGCUUCCAAAUGGCAGCUGCUUCCUGGAGGGGCACCAUUAUCAAUGCAAUGGUGCACACUGUGAGCACAUUCAUGCUUGAAUUUUGCAGCUCAAAUGUUGAGCAACUUUUUUGUGACAUCCCGCAAUUAUGGUUGAUUUCCUGCACAGAUCCCAGGAUCAACCAAUGGCUUGUCUUUGGUAGCGUGUUUACUGCAGACUUGUUUUGCUUUUUGUAUAUAUUAGUUUCUUAUGGGUUCAUCUUUUCAGCCGGACUUAAGAUGCAGUCAGCUCAAGGAAGGUAUAAAGUCGUCUCCACCUGCACUCCGCACUUGACUGUCUUUUCCUUGUUUCUGUCAACUGCUGAGUUUUCUUACUUCAGACCAAAAGCCUUGUCCUCUUCCUCUGUCAAUAUGUUGGCUGUUAUCCUGUAUAUGGUCAUGCUACCACUACUGAAUCCCCUCAUUUAUAGCCUGAGAAACAAAGAAGUCCAGGUAGCUAUGUCGAAACUUUCCAGGAAAUUGCUGGGAUUUGACAGUUGUACUCCAUGCUCAUUUUUGAAGAAUAAUCAAUUUUCUCUUACCAGAAAACAGCUGAUGUGUCUUAGAUGA